AGUUAAUCUCCGGGAAUUGAAUAUCCUAUUUUCCAAGUAGUAAUCUUUCAUCUCGACUCUGGUCUCAAUCUCCGGCGACGACAAUGGCCUCAGCUUCCAAGAACCCUUUCUCCAUGAAACCCCCAAGGCCUCCUUCUUCCCUCGCCGCCUCCACUACCCCCCUGGCCUCCACCUCAGCCGAGCCCCAAAUUCGGAUCCCUAACCCUAACCCUAGCUCAAACGCCUCGCCAUCCACAUCAAAUUCACCGAUCACGAUGUCACCAGAGGACCAAACCCUCUCGCGAUCCAGUCACCUCACGCGCCCGGAGCUUCUCCGGCGCAGAUCGCACAACCUCAAGCAGCUCGCCAAGUGCUACAGAGACCAUUACUGGGCGUUAAUGGAGGAUCUCAAGGCGCAGCACAGGGAGUACUACUGGAGAUACGGCGUUAGCCCGUUCAAAGACGAACAGAAUCAACCGAAUAAGAGGCGGAGGAUGGAUGGUGGAGGAGGAGAAACUGGCGACGCCGUUGAAGGUAGUGGAGAUAACGGAGCUAACAAUGACGGCGUUAAGGUUGAUGAGUAUGCGAAUAGUAACAGUGGGAGCUGUAUGUAUGGAUGCAAAGCGAAAGCCAUGCCUCUCACCAAGUACUGUCAGCUUCAUAUUCUCAAGGAUAGCAAGCAGAAGCUCUACACUGGUUGCACAAACGUCAUCAAAAGAGCUCCUGCGGGCCCAUUACUCUGUGGAAAACCUACACUUGCAUCGACUGUACCUGCACUGUGUAAUGUGCACUUCCAGAAAUCGCAAAAGCUAGUUGCUAAAGCUUUGAAGGAUGCUGGUCACAGUGUUUCUUCAGCAAGCAAGCCUCCCCCAAAGCUGCAUGUCAUAGUAGCUGCGUUUGUGCAUCAUAUUCAAGCUAAAAGAAAAAAUCCACGGAGUGAGGGUAAGCUUAAAAGUGAAGUCAAAGAAGAAAAUAUAAGCUGAGCCAAGGCGUUGGUGUUCCCAGAAGAAAGUUGUUGCUCUAAGUCAUCCAGAAGUGAAAGGCAUGUCGUUACACACCUCCCCACUGUACAUGAGCUUUAUUAGUCACCUGUGUAUUGUUGAAUGGAGAUUAGCCGCACCUGAAGCAAUCUCUUAAACAAAGCAUGGAAACAACCACUCCGCUGCCUGCCGGUCAAGCCUGAUAAUAGACACACAAAAGUUUAGUUAAGCCUUAGAAAUCCUUUCUUUUUUGAGACCUUAAUUUGGGCUUGUCAGCAGAAAUCUAAAGAUACAAAUAGACUUGGAUUCAUGAAUUAUGAGUGGUGGUAAGGUGUCUGGUUGCUUAAAGCUUUUUUUUUGUCAUUCAUGCACGCGUCUUAAAGGGGGUGUUAUGCGUUUGAAUCUUGAAAG